AUCGCCCGGAAGUAGUAGAAAACCUGUCUCUGUUAGCAUGUUAGCAUAGCUGGCGAACAGAAGUGCCUACCUGCCCCUGAAGAAAACAAAAGUCCCGCACUGGUGGGACACCUGUCAUCAUGGCUGUGUUGUGGUAUAGACUGUGACAACUAUCGCCAAGAUGAUGAACGACAUCAUAGAGGAGCCAGAGAAGGACAACCUGCUGGAAGCUCAACCCGAGCCACAAGUUUUGUCGGGGCCCAGUAAUGGCACAAGACCUAAGAUCACUGAUGGAGGAAUCAGGCCUGUGGAGAAAAGAGGACCUUACAUCAUGUCCAGAGCUUCAGCAAUCCACCUCAAACUACAGAAACACAGGGAGAUGGCAAGGAAAGCACUGAAGAAGAAAGCCCUGUCACCAGGACCUCCAGUGAUGCAUCAGCCCAGACAAGGAGCUAAGAGGACGGUGAAGUAUAACAAGGGCUACGCUGCUUUGAGUCAGCAUGCUGAGGACACUUUGGUUGCACUGGACUCAGACAGUGAUGAAGAGAUCGAUUUUGAGCAGUAUUCCUCAGGAUACUCUUCAGCCGAGGUCCAUCCUGAUUUAAGCAGGCAGCUGCUUCAGGACGGCUACCGUCUGGAUGAGAUCCCAGAUGACGAGGAUCUGGACCUGAUUCCACCUAAAGCCAUGGGCUCCUCUGUGUGCUGCUGCUCAGAGGGCCCGUCCUGCUCCAUGCAGUGAUGCAGAUGCUGUGACUCGAACCUUGCAAAGGCUUUGCACCAGUUCCUGUCCCUGACUUAAGUCACUGGUGCCUGAGGCCUUCUUUCUAACCCAGCUCCACUGCUGUGCUGCCUGAUGACUUCCAGCUCUGAAGCCAAACUCCUGUUCUUACAGGACUACGCGCACCGGGAUCGCUCAACCCGCAUGAAAACGCGGAUGGACAUAAGAACAAGCCUUAUUCACUGUGACCACAAAGCUUGACCUGUUUUCUAAAUUUUCUUUUUACGGAAUUUCAUGAAAUGCUUACUGCGCCACUGCUCCAGAUAUGUCCUUGUUGUCCCGAUGGGGAAAUGGUCUUUUCUGCUCUGGUGAACAGGUCUGCCGCCCUCUAAGCAGGACAUUCAUACAUAGGGUGUAUGGUGUUUGCUGAUUUGGAUUUUCCAGUUAUGAACUAACUGCUAUAUGAAGGCACCUCACAUGAUCACUUGCAUUCCCUAACUAUUGUUGCAUUAACUGUGUGGGGUUUUUGUUUUGUUUGGUUAUUUUGCUGUUUCUGUCCUCAAAAAUCACAGUUUUCCCCAAAAAUACAUAGACUUUCAUUCCAAAAUCAAAUGGCAACCACCUGGUGUAACUAUGACACCUAUUCCAACACACACAGCAACUAUAGUUUUUUUUGUUGUUGUUGUUUAUAUAUAUAUAUAUAUAUAUAUAUAUGAAACAAAGCACUAAAUUGAAAUAGGGUGUAUGGCAAAUGAGUGAAGCCACUUAGUUUCUUAAUAGCAAAUGUGUAAUGAAUGAUAGUUGCCCCACUCCCAGCAAAUAAGAGAAGCCUGGCUCUUUUAUAGUCUUUGCUUCGUGUCAGUAAAGACAGAGUUCAUUCCAUUUUACAAGUUGUCAUUGUGAAAACUGCGACAUACCAAGAAGGACUCCCCCACCCGCUGCCUGUGGAGGAUAUAGUUGGAAAGAAAAACGUAAUGAAAAGUUGUCCUACAAAGUUGUCCAUUGUUUGAAAGAGUAAUAUCUACUAUUAGCACAUGUUACCAAAUUGAUAGGUUUACAGACGACAUUUGAUUUUCAGUCUCUGUAUUGUAGAAAUACGUUUUAUUCCAGAAACCCAUAUCCUCCACUUCAAAAAAACUGUUACAGAAAUACUGAAGGCAAAAUAUGUUUCAGAUAAACAUAAAAGUGAUCUCAUUAGAAAACAAUUUUGGUUCGAUAUGAAAAUUUUUAAUUAAAAAGUAUAUUAAAUUUAUUUUUUGUAUGGAAUAGAAUUUGUGUUAGUAGCCUGUCCAGGAUCUGGUAUAACAAUUGAAAAGGAUUGUGCCGUCUUUAACACAUCAAUGUUUGGAUGGCAGAUUUGUAGUUGAAAUAUUUUAUUUAUUUUAUUUAUUUAUUUACCUGUAAACUGGAGAUGCUAAAAAUAGUUGUUACAGGUUCAGACAAACCACAUUUGCAUAAGGAUUGAGGCAUUUGUUUACCCUCAUUAUUUGUUAUAUUUACAUACGUCAGUUUAAACUAUGUGUUGCUACUAUUUGGUUUGUGUUACGAUUUGUCUUGUUUUAAACACAAUAGACACAUGCGCUGAAAAUUGUAAUCUUUUUAAAAUUAUUUUCUUUUUCCACUAAAAAAAACAACAAAAAACUAUCAGCUCAUUCCUGUUACAGUUUGGGUCAUAUUUUUCUACUAACUGUCUGUCUUUAUCUUUUUUUUUUUUUACACUGCAUUAACAAAAACAUGUUUAAUAUCAGAGCAAGUGAUGGUCAUCACUUUCUCAGGAGAUUUUUUUUGUUUGUGUGUAUGGGUGUACGCCUAAAAAGUAAUUUGCCUCUCUCACACGUUGGUAAAAUAAGCAGUCUGAAGCUUGCAUGACUGUGUAAGUGCAUAGAGGUUUUAAGUUGGGAUAAAUGUGGGGCUGCUGCUUUACUCGCCUGCAGGCCACAUGGUUUUUUUCUCAUGCUGUGAUGUUGGUUAUUACAAUGCGUAACUCUCAGUCAUGUAAAUGAAUGGUAUAGCAGACCACUUGACCACCAUAAAGACUUAAGGACCAGAAAGAAGAUGACAUUUUGUGCUAGAAAAAGUAGGAACCUUGAUUUGUACUUUGCAGAGUCGGGAUCAAUUCACAAAGUGGAUUCUGUCAGAACCCUUACAAUGAAAAUGCUAUGGUGUGAAAAUGUCAAAUUAUUAACAUGAGAAAUGUAUGUUUCCUCCUCACAGCACUCCAUUCCUCUAAUGUGGGUGAUUUCAAAAUAAAAGCUGAUUCUACUAUUACAUAAAGUGUGAAUCACUUGACACAAGUGUGAGGUAAAUGCUUUAAACAUAAUAGCUAAUUUGAAAGUGUAUUGACCCCAACUCUGGCUCUGCACAAUGUUUUUAUGUACACGAAUAUUGCACUUAACACCAGUGGUCAGUAGCAAGUACACUUGACUCACCUGUACUAUGCAACUAAUGGGACAAUCUGCUUGUAAUAUGACAUCGUGACGAUAUAGUGUUAUUGAGUGCUAAAUGCAAUAACUUAUUCAGUUAUUUUAUGAUGUAAACACUAAUCUUUUUUUAUUUGAUUGAACUGUUUAUUGGUUUACAUUAUUGCAAAUAAAACUAUUAUCUAUA